CCGAGCGAACACCACGGCCGAGUGAGCCCCACGCGGCCCCCCACGUUAACCCCCUGCCGCCGUCGCCGUUGCAGUGCCGUCUUCGCGUUCUUGCGCCUUUCGGGCUUUGUGGUUUUUUUUUUCUAUUUCAAAAAUUAACCCUCCCCGCCGCCCGUUUCAAUCGGUGAAGACGGUUUUUUUUUUAAAUAUUAUUAUUGUUUUUUUUUUCUUCUUAUCCUUCGCCAACACCGUGCGGCGUUAUAGUCGACCGUUCGCCCGCGGUAUAUUACUGUGCCAGUCGCGAAUGUCUGACACCGGCCGCCGUCUUGGUGGCGCACCGUCGUCCGGCCGUCGUCUGUAGAUCCGUCGCAACAGACGCAUUUGUCGCGGUGUAGCUGCAACUGCGGACACCCCCGAAAUGGCCACCGCCGGAUGAUAACACGACGUGCCCCGCCACUUGCGUGACUGCACCCGCGCCCCGUCCCCGUGGCCACCGAUACGUGAGACCAGACCGGCAGCACCUUCUCGGGUUCGACAGUAUACCAAACUCAUCCGUCCGGCCGCUCUGGAUUCGGGCGCACAUGACCUAAGCUUUAAGUGGCCUCGGAAAAUGUUGAGAAAUUGUUUUUUCGAUCAAAUGAACGGGUAACGAGUGUCCAAAACAAUGAGGGGGCGGGGUCAGAGACCGAUGGAGCCCGGGUAAGCGAACCAUUAACGCGACCCAGCCCCCCCGCCCCCAACAAUAUGGAUAAAUCGGAUCGCAGACGCAGGCCUUUUGCCUUUGACAAGAUGGAGGGGCUGGUGAGAGAAAUGAAAGACGAAGAGACUGGGGUGCGUGUAAAAAGUCAAAAAUUAUUCCUCACUUCGAUCCCUUCCGCUUUUGCCGGGUAUAACAUUAUCGAAUGGUUAAUGGACCGUUUAACUGUCGACGAGACCGAAGCGGUCCAUAUAGCCAAUAUGUUAUGUCAAUACGGAUACUUCUUUCCCGUAAACGACUCCAAAACUCUAACUCUUAAGGACGACAGUUCUCUGUACAGGUUUCAAAUUCCAUACUAUUGGCCGUGUUCGCAAAAAAAUCCGGACAACGUGGAGUACGCCAUAUAUUUGUCAAAAAGGUUAAUGAGAAACAAACAACGGCACGCUCUGGAAGACUAUGAAACGGAUUCUCUAAACAGUCUGAAAAAAAAUCUGCAAAACAAAUGGGAGUUCAUCACGAUGCAAGCCGAAGAACAGGUGCGGUUGAGCAAAGACAGGAAAAAAGGUGAAAAAAUCGUGACUGAUAGCCAGGAGAGGGCAUUUUGGAGAGUACACCGUCCGCCGCCAGGGUGCGUGAGCGUCAUGGAACAAAUACCAAUCAAGAUAGGUGGUAGCUUUUCAACAAAAAAGAAAAGGAGUUCCGAAGACCUCAGGAGAGAAGUGGAACUGUUGAGGAAUUGUAUAGGGAGGACCCGAGUGAAAACUUCGGUGGCUUUAGACGGCUUGGUAUCGUUCAGCGAAACGUACAACGAGUACGACCCAAUGCUUACCGGCGCUCAACCGUCGAAUCCUUGGGUAACGGAGGAUCAGACAUUUUGGACGUUCAACUGUCCGCUAGUGGAUGCCAUCACGGAGAAACGUAUAAAACGAUGGGCGUUAUCCAUGGAAGAUUUAGUAUCGGAUGCAACGGGUCUCCAGGAGUUCACCAAUUAUCUUCGGAAAGAGUACAGCCACGAAAACAUCAGGUUCUGGUUAGCGGUCAACGAUUUGAAGCGCAGUUGUCAGUCGCAGAUUCAGCUGAAAGUGAAAGAAAUUUACAACGAAUUUUUGGCACCCGGCGCUCCAUGCGAAAUCAACAUCGACGGCAAGACUAUGGAAAAAACCCACAAAGAAAUGAAGAGUCCAUCCAGGUUUACGUUCGAUGCCGCCGCAGAGCACGUAUACACCCUACUCCUAAAGAAAGACUGUUAUCCUAGGUUUAUUAGAUCGGAACACUAUAAGAAUUUGCUCGCCAACGGAGUCCAGCCCUCGGCCAGACGAAGAUUUUUCGGAUUCGUCGGCGGUGCGGCCAACAAGAAAGACUGUAAGGAACGGAUAAGGACGGGAUGCAGUUCUAGUCUCCAGGGUACCUCGUCGUCGGCUCUACAAGCGAAUCAGUCGCCGUCGUGUGGCGGUGGCAGCGUCGGAAGCGGAAGGCGAAGGGGAAGCGACCGGAGUCUUACCAGUUCCCCGCACGAACACCCCGCCAACGUUAUCAAAGUGUCGCAAUCUCACAGCCAAUCUAACCUAAGUGAUAUUCCUUACAGGGGAGAUUUGCCUUGCACACCUUCCUCUCCAAGUUCUAACCAAGAAAACCUGAGCGGCGCCGAAGACAGUGGCGACAGAGCGGGUGGCGUGUGUCCCUGGGAAGCGCCGGACGUCAGUGGCGACAAAAAACGGUCGUUGCCUAGUUCGAUAGCCGAGGAAACGGACAGGCGGCUGUCGUCGUCGUCGUCGCGCAAAAACUCCACCAGCGGCGGCGGAGGCGGCAACACGUACGACUCGGCCAGUGCGGACGAGAGCACAUCCGAUUCGGUGGCCAGCAGACUGCGCAGGAGCUGCGGCCUGGGCGGCGUGGCGGACAGGCGCCGCGGUUCGUCGUCCGCGUGCUGCACGCCCCAGCAGACCGUGGACAGGCCGUCCGUGUCGUCGGUCGAAGAUCUGGACUUUGGACCGUCGCCGGAGAACCGAUCGCCCGAGAGACAGCAGCACCACGGCGUCGUGCCGUCGUCGCCGAAGAGUGUGGCCGCCGCCGAACCUGGCCAACAGUUGUCCGUCGUCGAACAACAGCAGCCCGGCCCGUCGUCGGCGUCGACGCUGGACACCAAGUCCAACCGAAAGCGGCUGCUAAAAUCGCUGUCGUUGGCCCGGAAACAGAGCGUGACGCCCGUGAUCAACGUCAGCUCGGUGGACAUGGAAAACCCGGUUCCGACGGAAGAACCGGAAAGCGCCAUCGGUCUGGACUGCCACCCCCGGUUCAUAGAUCAGACAGACGAAGACGGCGGUACGGCGGCUACCGCGACGGCUACGUCCGCCGAUUCAACCAAUCCCAAUAACGGCAACGACGUUUGUCCGUGGGAAGACGAACAAAACCAAGACAGAGGCGGUCGAUUUCUAAAGGUCUACGAAACAUAUGGUUUUCUGUGAAUCCGACGAGACUCCAUCCUACUAAAAAAUAUUAUUAUAUGUAUUAUGUACAUAGUAGUUCCAUAGUGUAAUAGGUUUAUUUAAUCGGAUUAAGCGACUUUCGCCAAACGGGGGUAUAUAUAGACACAUAAAAAUCAAAUAUAUAUUUAAUAAUAAUUAAGGACAUUAUUUGUUUGUAUAAGAAGUAAAUAGUUUAUACAUGAUAAUAUUAUAGUUAUAUUUAAUGUUAUA